AUGACCCUAGGUUUCUUCUCAGCUGUGAUUGAGGGAGACAUUGGAAAGUUGUCCACAGUGGUUGAAUUGUUCGAGGCCUAUCCCAGAUCCACAUGCGUCGCCCUUGGCUUCAGCUGCCAACCCUUCAGCCAUGCUGGAGAUCAGAGAGCUGGUCCUGACGAGAGGGCACUGUCGUUGCCCCAUGCUUUGUUCUUCAGUUGGGUGACUCAGGCACCAGCCAUCGUGAUUGAAUGUGUUUGCGAAGCGGCUUCAUCAGCCUUUGUCAAACAAGUAUUACAGGCCUUCACCAGUGUCACUCGAUAUGAGAAAAGCGAGACGAUCAUGGACCUGUCUUCCAUGUGGCCAUCCAAGAGGAAACGUUGGUGGUUGGUGCUGACGGUGAUCUCUCCGACAGUGAAGUACUCCAUCCUCCCGCUGCCUGAUCAUCAUUUUCAGGCCACAGGAGCGAUUUCUGGCUUUAGGAUGUCCAAGCGUAAGUUGCAGGAUCCUGCCCCUACCCCUGUGCCACGAUCAGGGGAUUCGUCCGAGUUGCAAUCAGCAUCAGUGAUCCCAAUUCCUAGAGAGCCAAUUUCGCAGGAUGGGGUUUCGCAUGCCCGAGUCUUGAAGCCUUUCGUUCGUGCUAGUGCACCAGAGGAGUUCGUUGAUUCGUCGAUCAGCAUUAUCCGUGUAUGUGACAACAGUGUUCAAGCAAUCAAGACCAAGGGAACAAUUUCAGUUGCCAGCUUCUUGAGAGCUGAAACCGCCAUCUCAGGGUGCAGGGGUCAAGUAUUCGAUAUUUUGGGCUGUCGCCUGACUGAUGAGGCAUUGCUUGAUCCAGGAAGCUUCUAUGUGUACACUGAGAGUGAUCAAAUCCCUGAGGCAAUGACUUCAAGAAUCACUUGGCUUUCUGCCAAUGGUGCCAGAGUUGCAGUUGAUGAGAUGGAAUUCUACAUCCGCACAGUGUCUACCACCUUCAAGAUGCCUUGGGUUCCUCCAAUGAUCAUUGAGGAUUUGGCCUCUGCGCCGACCAUUUCGGCAGCUUGGCUCUCUGAAGUUUCGGGCGCUCUUGAUGAGUCUGGCAUCGUUUCGGCCAUUCUGGCUAAUGGACAUUGGAUGCCUGUGAUCGUUCACCAGGCUCCCCAUGGCAAAACAAGGUUCAUCGUCACGCAAGCUGAUGCCUCGUUGUGGCCUUCUUUAUUUGAUCAGCAAACACGGGUCGAGCACUUCAUGCAUGUUUCCGCCAUGGGGCAGGAAUUUCCUCAUGAUUGGGUCUUUCGGCAGCAGAAUGGAGGUGAGCUUCCUCAGCUGAAAAUCAAUCAGAUCUCUCCCACUGCAGCAGGAUUGGCCUUGCUAGUCAUCUCGCCUAGCAAGUACUUGCUGGAUAAGUUUGGGGAGCUCAUUCGCUUUCCUGUGGUUUGCGUGCGGAGCCAAUGCUGGUCUCCGCACUGCUUCUGCAAAAGGACCUCGGCAAUUGAAUCGGUGUUGAAGCAGUCGGGAUCGCAUGGAUGCUACAUCGAGAUCAGAGCACCUGACGGGAAGAGAGAUGAUGUCAAUCACUACACGGUCUGGCUUCCGCGAAAGUCGUUGAGAGAGGCCCAAGCUGAGCAAGCCGCCAUCAAAGAGCCGUCCGCCAUCAUUCGUGUGGGGCACAG